UACGAUAUGUGAAUGUACCACUUUUGAUUCAGUUCUGAAGGCUCUCGGUCUCACUUUGACCAGUGUCCCCUCCGUCCCACUUGGUUUGGCGUCCAAUCUUCUCUCCCUACAGUGCACUCACUGCCUGCCUACACAAUGAUGAUGGAUCUCAACCCACAGAUAUUCUGCAAGAGGUUUCCCGAACAAUUAACAAGUUAGGAUGACGUUCCACCCGAACACCACCCAUAGGAAAUCUCAGAAAUUGGGUUCAUCCAUAGAUAGUUCUUCCGACCAGCACAUUUUUCGCUGAAACUGCUGUAUUGGUGUUACUGAAUUGACCCGCCCUCGUGCAUUUGGGGUCCGCUAUUGCUUUAAGCUGGGCAUGUCUUUUUCGUCUUUUCCCACGGGCCUAAACCAUUCACCAUCGGGCGAAGAAAACCAGCCCUCACCCUCCCACCAAAAACAAAUCUACGCCUAUCUGGAGCAACUCCAAGAUGAAGUACGAGCGCUACCCGGACAAGUCCAGCAACGAAUUCCCAACGAACUCUUGUCCAGUUUAUCUACUUGCUUGGUCCAGGGACAAGUCUUUGAAAUCAUCCAGAUGCUCCACGAAGUCCAAAGUGAGACUGAAAAGCAGCUCUUUCAACGUCGACUUCGACAUAUCCGACAAGCGCAAGACGAGAAACGCCAAUUUCACGCCUACUAUCAAGAUUCGAUUUGUCGUGUUACGGAUGAAGCGCUGAUUCCAGACUUAACCCUUCAAUUAGAUCGGGAAAAAGCCCAACUGGAAGCUCGUCUUGAGCGGGAAAUGCGGUUGUUCGAUUGUGAUAUUGUGCAAGCCAUGGAUCAGAAAGUCCUCGAUCAGCAGAUGACCCUGGAAAAAGCCGGUGUACCGGGAUUCUAUGUGACGAACAAUCCGAAGGACAUUCAAGUGCAAAUGUAUCUAAUUCAAUUUAUGGCUCGCUUAAAACACACAGAAGAGGCUUGAUGGAAGCCGGGAGCAAAGAUAUGAAUAAAGGCACAUCGCAGUUCU